AAAACCCACCUAUUUCAUUGUUAGGGACGCGGUGGAAUGCGAUGGUUUGAUCCUGCAGUGCAGGGAGGGGAAAAGGGAGAGAAAGAGAGAAGGAAGAACAGCGAAGCCAGUUCGGAAGAGAAAAAAAUCCCCUGUCCCGCUGGUCAAGUCAAAUGAGAGGAAUCUGUGGAAGACUAGGCUACAAACCUUCAACAGAAUCAUCUUGUCGGCACCAACUUCGAUACCAAUCGUGUGAAUUUUGGGGGAUUACAUCGGAUGUUUCUCGUGGAACGGCCUGUGGAUGAGGUCCAUUGAGAGACUGAAACCUGCUGUACCUGCUGGAAAAAAAUAAUAAGCCUCUGCUUUUUUAUAAAAUGAGUCGUGUUAAUCGGCAGCCUGAGGGAAUGUCUACCAAUUAAAGGAACAUCUGACCUGAAGAAGAGAGAGCAUAUAGGGAGCCAGUUUAAAACCUUCACCUGAGACUUGAACACCACCACAGGAGACAGACGACCACCACGCAAAUGUGGACCAUCCAAAACAUCAUCAAAUAAUAUCCUCUUUCUCUGAAAAACGGAAGCGUUUAACAUUGACAACAAACCAUGUCUGAAUACAAAGACACCACUAACCGCCACCUGCGGCACAAGCUGCAGAGUCUGGGCCGGCGCCUGGACGAGUUGGAGGAGGCAACCAACAAGCUGCAGAAGUCUGAGGACGAGCUCUUGGAACUGCAGGACAAGAUCAUUCAAGCCGAGGGCAGCAACUCCGCCCUGCUGGGCGACGUUGAGGCACUACGCAAGCGCCUCCUCAAGAUCGAGGGGAAGGAUGAGGAGGUGUGCAAGGCGGAGGAUCUGUGCCGCACAGUGAGGGAGAAGCUGGAGGAAGAGGAGAGCCUGACCCAGGAGUUGAAGACGGAGAUUGAGCGCCUGCAACGGAGGAUGGCCGAGCUGGAGAAGCUGGAAGAGGCCUUUGGGAAGAGCAAGUCUGACUGCAGCCAGCUGUGCCUGAGCCUGAAUGAGGAGAAGAACCUGACCAAGAAGUUGUCCUCAGAGCUGGAGGCCCUGAAGACCCGCAUGAAGGAGGUGGACACCUCCGAGGCUAGGCUAGACAGGGCGGAGCAGGCCUUAGCUGGGGAACUGGAGAAACUCAAGAGCUUCACCCAGGCGUUUGUGAGUGAACGCAAGCGUCUCUUGGAUAAGCAGCGGGAGGACGAGAAGCUAAUCCUGAAGCUGACUGAGAAGCUGGAGAGGCAGAAGAACAGGAUGAGCCCGGCCGACCCUGGUCGUACAGACGUGAGGGAGCUUCGCAUCGAAGACGACAUCUCAUCCGGCUUGACCAGCAAACUGGGCCGCAAGAAAAGCCUGGACUACAUGAAGCUGGAGGACGUUGGGCUGAGGAACAAGUCUGAGAAUGAAAAGAACAGCCUAGAAGGCCAGGAGGACAACAAGGUGAAAGAGCUCACCCAGGAGGUGGAUAGGCUCAAAAACAGGCUGAAGCAGCUUGAGCUGCUGGAGGAGGACCUCAAGAACACAGAGUCCAAGAAUGGAGAACUUCAGGAUAAGUUCCAGCAGGAGAGGAACCGAACCCGGGCCCUUAACGAGCAGGUGGAACAGCUCAGGAUGCAGCUCAAUGGCAGUGGCGAUGGCAGCAGUAGUCAUGGGAACGGUGGACCCGCCGGUAUCCCUGCCAAGGUCCUGGAGAAUGGCAAAGCUGAGAACGAGGAGAUAAAUGUGAGGGGAGGGUUCAGGCAGGACAAACCCAAGUACAGGAGUCCAGCAGCUGCAGAGCCCACCACUCCAAAGCAUAAGAGUAGAGAGCUGUCACCCCAACACAAGAAAGAGCCGAAAAUGAGAAGCAAAGAACUGGCCCACUCUGAGGAUGGCUCUCCCAAAGCUGCAAGGAGGGCUCUCAGUCCUGCACACAAGAGCAGGAGGACCCCCAAGACCACUGCUUCUGCCAUCUCUGCUGCCUCCGAUAACGGAGUGAAGGAAACUGGAAGAGGAGGAGAGGAGAGUAGCAGAGGGACUGCCUACAGCUCUGUGAGUUCAAACUCCACUGAUAGUAAAAAAGCAUCUGUUCUCAGUCGCUACCCACCAGCAGCAAACGACCAGAAGUCGUGGAAGUCCUCUCAGAAACCUGGAGAGCUUGAGAGUAAAAAAAGCAGAGUUGAUAAGUUUUCAAGACUGUACGUGGGUAGUGAUAGUGAGUCCAACAACUCUGAUGUUGUGCCAGAGAGCUCCAAUAAAACCAACAACUCUUCGCCUCCAGAGAAGGACAUCUCAGACCCUGAGACUCAGGCGCAGGCCAAAGAAAGUCUCCCAGCAACAGACCUCUCCAAGGCCAAUGGGUCCUUCAUCGCCUACAGAUCGCACGUCUCCUCUCUGCAGACCAGCGACCACGGGUCAGAAGGUCACUCUUCUGCCUCCGAGACCGAAUCAACAGGCUCCAGGCCCUCAGAACCAGAACCGGUGGUUGAGGUGUCUACACCAAGCAGUAGGACUACUCCCAAGUACCCCAGGUACCCGCGUCUGCAGCAGGACUCCCACUCAGAGGGCUCGUCCUCCAGGAGUUCAAUUGACGAGGAGCUCCACAAGCCUAUCGUGGCCGAGGGAGGACCCCAGGAGACUCGCACCCCCUCAGGGAUUGAGAUUCACCGGGUCUGCAGUCCCCGCGAGGCCCUGAGGUCCAAGGUGGUCAUCAAGCCCGCCAUCGUAGAGAUUGAUAGGAAAGAAGUCAUGAUAUCCGGUGGCGGGGCAGAGCCUUUAACAACCAAUGGCAAGCCUAAGAUCUCCACUAAACCCGUUCUAGCGAGCAAGAUGACCAGUAGCAUUACCAUCUACCCUAACGACCCCAGCUCUUCUCGAACCAGUAGCCGCAGCAGCAGUGUCUCCAGCGAACCUCCAACGAGAGAGCGACACACGUCCACCAGUAACAUCCUGAUCGGUCCAUCCAGCGACCACCGGGGCAGCAUCAGCAUCUCGAUCCCCAAGAGUAAUAUCACCACGCAGCCAUGCCAAGACGGCGGGGACGACCCCGAGGCCCAGCGGGUGCUGGAGGCGGCACGGGUGGUGGAGACCCACCUGCGCUCAAGGAGCAGCUACGGCCUGCAGUCUCCAGAGACCACCUCCGACUUCAGCAACGACGUGGAGUCCGGGUUCGAGAGCAGCAGCAGCGGUAGCACGACCACAACUGUCACCAGCUGGCGAACCCACGCCUACGGGCCCGUGCCCGGGCGUGGGCAUGGGCAUGGACAGGCACUCAGCCAUGGUUCUCAAGACGACAGCCUACCGGAGAUGAGGAAUGUUACCGUCAGGAGCACCUGGAGGAACCGGGGAGCGGCGUCCGUGGAUGAGCCUGGUUACCGUGGCAUCGGCGGCAACGGAGGCACAGUCAGAACGGAGGGAGGGUCGGAGGAUGAGGCAGAGUCGGCAACCACUUGGAGGGCGUAUCGUGCCACCACCAUCUUGGACACGGAGGAGACGGCAACCACCUCUGCUGCCGGAGGAACCGCCCCGGCGUCCCAGCGCGGGGCCAGGCCGUCGCCAGCGGAAGUGUACAUGCGCAGGAUCAGCAGCGGGCGGGACGGGCCAGAGGUGACACGGCGCAGCAAGAGCUCCCCAUCCUCCUCAGAUGGGGGCGUGCUCGGGAGGAGCGCACCCCACGACCCUGUCAGCUCCCAGCCCUGGGGACGGACCCAGCCUGCAGCUGCUGAAGAGAGGGACCCCAGCCCCAGCCCAGCGUCCUGGAGGAGGGUACCUCCUGGAGACCCCGCCUACGAGCCCAGGGGGUCCCGGGCAGAUGGAGCCAGCAGGGGGGCCACCUCCAGAGGAGAGCUGUUGUCCAGUAGAGGUCAGGGCGGUCGAGCGGAGGCUAGGACCAGCGCUGGGACGCAACCCUGGAGCAACCGUCAGUUUGACAACUAGAGAAGGUCUUCUCCACCACUCGGCUCCAAAACGUCCAGAGCUCUCUAUCCACCCAUCUCUCCAUCCAUCCCUUCCCAGACUGCACAAGGAUGAAAUUGCAUCUCCAACCAGCUACCAACAGCUGCUCCAUGACUCUUAACCAACAACUGCAUCUCAACUGUUUCUCUACAUAUAUUAAUUCCUAACCUCCAAAAUAGUCUGCACCUGCAACCUCCAGUGAAGAGCAGAAGCUGCAUCCAGCACCGUGGUGGUUGGAGGCUAUUGGCUGGAGGUUGGGGAUGACCAGUCUUUAGAUCUUCUUCUGCUUCUCCUCCAGGAUAUAUCAUAAUGUAAUCUUCAGAUCUGACAAGGGAGAGGUCUCAGUGACUGGGGGGGGGGGGGGG